AGAAACAUCAGGGCAUAGAUGCCAUGCAAUGAUGCCCCGCUAGAAGGCGAUGGUGCCUACCUAACAGGCUCACAGCAGGGAGGAACAGGGCCAGGUCAUCGUGAGAUGUCCAGACAUCUGGUGGGCUUGCUUGCAAACUGGGGGCUACAUCCAUUAUCUAUACAUUAGGGGCCUUAAUGUCUUUGGAAGGGAGUGGGGGACAGGCCUUGGCUAAGGGACAAGCAGAGCAGUGUGGCAGCUCCUUGGCUCUGGUUUCCCUUCUAAAGCCACAGCGUGGUGCUUCCACACAUUAGGGAGUUUUGUCUUUCAGUUAUCUCCUUUCUCAAAUGAGGACAGCCAUUCAAAGGGAAACAAGAAGAAGAAAGGGAAACAGGAACAAGAAGGAAGAGGGACCAGGAAGAAGGUGCAGGAAGACAGGGGGGAAGAAAGAGUGUGUCUGCAGAAAAGAGGCAGACAGUAGGGCUCCUCAGCUAGCGGCUGAGUCUGGUAUGAACUGGGACUGCAUUCACACCGGUGUGUGAAGCUCUGAGUCAGACACAUUCCUCUCUGCAGUGGGCAAGGCAACUCCCCAGGGUUUAGUUCAGGGGGCAGAGCCCACCUCUCCAGAGUCUGUCUGAGUUGAGAAGACACAGACUUCGGAGGAGAAAUCCACUUGCCACCCGAGUCUGCUGGUUUCUGCGGGCCCAGUGAACACUGGAGAAACAACGAACGGGGAGCUGGUGAAGAUCAGAGAUCUUUCCUCUUGGCUGGCAGAGGUUAUUUUGCACCUCUUUGAUCUUGAACGCAAGGGCAUUGUCCCCUUCUCAGCCCUUUGGUGACUGAGAGAAACCAAGAGACAGAGCUUGUGAUGGACAAGACCAGCAAAAUGGACUGGGUGGCUGGAGGUGAGGAAUAGACUUCUCUGGAAUACCCUGUAUCUUCCCUUCCCUCGGCUGCUUUCCUGGCAAGGCUACACGUGUCCAAUAUAUAGCAAGGGAGGAAGGCAGGGGGAAGGAACAGGUCUCUGACAGCCUGCCUUGUUCUUGCUUGCUGUACCCAAAGAUGUCUUAUGACCCUUCCUUCAGCAGCACAAGACCCGGAGAGGAUCUUGAGGGUGGCAGCUUCUUGGAGGAAAGCAGUGGUGUGGGUGAUGACGGUAGCAUCCUGGGAGGGGACAGCGCAGUCACGGUGCCUCUGGGUGCAGUGCUGCUCAUCAUGUGCCUCACUGGAAUGGUGGGGAACAUCUACACCAUGUUGGUAGCCUCCGGCAGGGUGGCAGGCCACUCAGCAGGCUCCUUGGGGGUCUAUGUGAUCAACCUAGCCCUGGCUGACCUCCUGUACCUCUCCACCAUCCCCUUUGUGGUCUGCACCUACUUUGCCCACGACUGGUUCUUUGGGGAUAUGGGCUGCAGGCUUUUGCUCAGCCUGGACCUUCUCACCAUGCACGCCAGCAUCUUCCUCCUGACUGCCAUGAGUCUGGAGCGGUACUGGGCAGUGUCCAGGCCACUGCGGGCCAGAUGGGCGAGCAAUGCUUACCGCAAGCUGGCCAGCGCUGUCCUCUGGCUCCUCUCGCUCCUGCUUACGGCCCCCAUGAUGGUGAUGACCCAGCUGCGGGAGGAGGACGGCCCCCAGAAGCGCAUAUGCAUCCCCACCUGGACACCGGCAGCCUUCCGGCUCUACCUGACGGUGCUCUUCACCACCAGCAUCCUGGCACCCGGCGUGGUGCUGGGCAUCGUCUACACCCGCCUGGCCUGCGCAUACUGCUCCUCCGCAUGGGGCCUGGGGCUGCUGGUGGCCGGCAGGGUCCCUGCCCGGCAGCUGUUGUCCAGGAUCUCUGCCAUUGUGGUGGUUUACUGGGCCUGCUUCCUCCCCUUCUGGGCCUGGCAGCUGGCUGGGCUCUACUGGGGUGAGGGGCUGGGCAUUGGUGCCACCACACAAGCCUACCUCAACUUCGGGGUCACCUGCCUGGCCUACAGCAAUAGCUGUAUCAACCCCUUCCUCUACACCCUACUCACUCGCAGCUAUCGCCAGUGCCGCAGGGUAGGCAUGGCACGGCCACCAGCACCAUCCUAGGAGCCAUGGAAGGGCUAAGGGGAGGCCACAGCAUCCCUCCACUUAGUGGAAUCAUAGAGUCACAGAAUGGUUUGGGUUGGAAAGGACGUUAAGAUCAUCUAGUUCCAACCCCCUGCCAUGGGCAGGGACACCUCACACUAGUCCGUGUCACCCAAGGCUCUGUCCAACCUGGCCUUGAA